AUGACCGGGACGCGAAUGGAUCUCUCGAAGCUAGCUCAGCCUAUCCUGGCGCAAGAUGUGCCUCUCGACCUUUUUGAGGCCGACGGAUUGGUUCAGUGGGCACGCCAAUUGGACGCCGUGCCCCUGCCGCCACCGUCGGCCGUGCCUCUCGACGGCUCCGUCGGCGAGGUGCCUUCUAGCGAGGUCGAAUACAGGAGGAUGACUGAAGCUGCGCGUGUAGCGGUGUACCCGGAUACUAGCGCUGUGGUUCCGAAAACGAAAGCACCGGUGAAGAGGGGGCCAGGGAGACCCCCCAAGCUCUCUUCUGCUCUUGCCCAGGCUGCGCGUGUGUCGCUCGCUGGCCGUGCUGAGAAUGCCAGCACAAGCGCAUCCCUUCUCGCGGGGUCAGGGCUGCUGGCGCCCAUUCCUGACAAGCUGUAUGAUGAGGAUAUUCCGUCACCGCCUCUAUCUUCUCGCACCAAUUCCGUCGGGAGCCGCAGUGGCAAAGCUGAAGUCGCUGUUGAAUCCGGAUCCCAGCGCAGAGUGGAGGUACAUCCUCCGCAACCACCCUCGCCGAUAAAAACGCGAGGUUACACUCGAAACAACCGGCAAUCCAAGCGCACGGAGACCAAAGCUUCUCGUUCCUCGCGCAGUGUUGCGAAGCUGCCGGCACCAGUUACGACUGUGGAGAACUGGGCUCAAUGUGAAAAAUGUAAAAAAUGGCGAAGAUUGCCGCCUUCUGUGGAUACCGAAAAACUGCCCGAGUUUUGGGUAUGCGCUUUAAACGUUUGGGAUCCAGCUCACAGUUCGUGUUUUGUGCCCGAGGAGACCUUCCCUGAUCUCAAGCACCAAGAGCCCGUCGCGGAGCCGCAGGCCCCCAUUGUCACGGACGAUGGGGUUACGCUGCCUAUUAGGCCCGUUGAGCCUACUCCCACUGUCAAAGGAUUCAAUGAUCGCCUGAUGGAUCAUGAGGUGUUGGAGCUGCUGUUCGAUGAGCAGAGCAACCACCCGUUGAACAAGCGGCUGACGAUCCACUCAUUGGACGCAAACAGUUUGUUGGCGACGGAGUUGCCACACAAUGUGUUACUGGUUGACGAGCUGCCAACGGCCGUUGCGUUGAGCGUGGCCACUGACCAGACACGCCCGCCCAGUGAACUGCUCCAUCCCCAGGAGGAGCUUGCGAAGGACGACAAUGUUCCGCGCGAUGACGGUUCGGUGUGUAUAGGGUUGGCGGAGAAGACGGAGUGGCCCACACGGGACAACGAGGCUUCGACCAUCGACACCGCAGGUGAGAUCGACCCUGGUGCGGAGCCAUCUCGGUCGCUCUUUGCUGCAAUGUUCCCGAAGCUGGCUUUGCAGGUGCCCAAAUUUGGCAAAUUCCCGCCAAUUAAGCGCGAGGACCUGAUCAGAUUCGAGAAGCAGCUCGAAGCUGACGAACAUAGGCAGUCCAGUUCCAGAUCAUCUGGGCGUGCAGCGGCCAGUAUCGUCAAUGGUGAUGUCAGAACAGCGGAAGUUAGCCGAUCCGGCAGAAGAUCGUUAAGUGUGAUUAAUGAAGCUAUUAAACCGCCUGGAGCUAUUUAUGUCAAUGGCAAGACGCCAGCUACGAAAGUGUCCGGUGCAACGGUAUCAACUGGUAAGUCGCCGCGCACCGCAAAUUCUGGAGCGAAGAGUACGAGCUCGGCUGCUUCCAAAGUCCCCAAAGCCGUUUCUGCCGAAAUAGUAGGUGUCGACAACAAGGGAGCAGCCCUAUCGUCGAUGAGCCGCGAGGAUUUCAGAGGUUUGCUAUCUCUGUUUGCUUCCCGUAAGGACAAGCAACAGGACGGGGUUGAACACAAGCACUGCUUGCUGGAAGACAAAUUGCGGGCAAGCACGCUACCUUUGGAAUCGUUUUUGCAGCCGUUGUCGCUGCUCGCCAUGCCAAUCGUCUACUCAACACCCGAGUCCUCGGAGGACGACACAGAGCAGCGUAGCGGCCGAUACAAUGUCCGUUCCGCCGUGGAGCCGGAGUAUGAUGUGGCGACCGCGGCACCGCAGGAGCCCGCGCCUGUUGAAGUCAAACGCGAACCCAAGCGGCGCGUUGCAACACGCUCUGCACGCGUUGCCGAGCCGAAUAACGACCAGCAGUUGCGCCAACUACGUGAAGAAUAUGCGCGUAGUAGCGCCGGGAAAUCCUACCCGAGGAAGGUGGAACCGUCACCGCCCGAGCCCGAAGUGCCUGCCCCGGCCACCAAACGGGCUGUUAGGCGUUCAACAAGCCGCUAUGCGAGAGAAGUACCGGCUCCCAUCGUGGAGCUGCAGGAACCGGAUCCUGUUAUGGAGGAACUACCCCUAGGCCUCCAGGAGAGAAUGUUGCUUAUGGAUUUGUCUAUCCCUAUCGAGCACACCGCACCUGUUGAACAGCGUGCAGCCUCCGGGAACACAAGCCACCACUCACUGUCGUCUUUCGGUGUGGAUGCGUCUCGCACAAUGGAACUGCUGACGCAGCCGAUUGACUUUGAGUCCGAUGUUUUCACGGCCCUCAGCCCCGUGUCUACAAUGGGCGAUUUCCCCGGACUUCAACCGCGGAUGUGCACGCUCGACGCCCCCGUGCUGCCCGAGCUUAACCUCCAGCUUUUGUCUGAGCCUAUUCCCGAUUUCGACCCGGAGUCCGCCGAGAUCAACGUCGAUGUAUACAAGAACCCUCGGCUGCUCACCGAGGUGUAG